AUGGGUCAGCGAAUUUCUUGCCUGAAUAUAGCGACAGAGUCGGAGUGUGUGUACAGUUUACAUCCUAGUACACCACUUCAGUUAAAUAAUGACACGCCUCGUCAAGAAAACCAUCAGCUUGAUGAGAGCCGUGUUGUUCCUUGUGAGGAAGAUGGAGGGAGUUUGGUAAAGGAGAAAAAGAAAGUGAAGAAAAAUUCGAGUUUUUGGAGAAAGCUGUUCCGCUUUUCACGCCCAAGAACUGGAAGGGGUGAAAAGGUGAAGCAGGUGGACAGUGAGAAGGUGAAGCCAGUCACCGAAGCAGAACCUUCUACUGAUGUAGGAAACAUCUCAAGCCCUGUUGAGCAUCAUGACUCCCAACAAGCUCCUAACAGCCUUGAGGUUCCUUCCUCCAUCAUUGACCUGCAAAUACAGGAACAGUGUGAGAAUGUGGAGCUGGAGGAAGAAACGUCUACUGAUGAUCCAACUUCAGUGGAGACCAUAUCUUCUGUAGAGAGUUAUGGUCCUCAGAACACUCCCAACAGUAGUUUUGAGAUUCCUCUCUUCACUGUUGACGAACAAAUCCAGGAGUUUCCAGAUGAUCUGUCAGAGGAAGAAACUGUGUGUCCUCUGGCAGAAAACCCAAGCCAAGACAUGGUCUUGAUUAUUGGGAGCAUGUGCUGGACCUACAACAUGGGUGAGCUACUGGGAGAAGGAGGAUUUGGUGCCGUAUAUGCUGGUGUCCGUGCCCAUGAUGGUCUUCCGGUAUAUUUAUAUAUAUUUUUGCAUAAUCAACCUAACAAACUAUAUUUAUGUGUUAUGCUUUGUCGUUUGUAACACAAUUAGAGCGCU